AAGUGUCACCGACACGAACGAUAUUCCUAAACCUAGUUGCCAGUAUGUGUUCAAUACGCGAUCAGACGAUACGACAAACGCGAGACUGUUAUAACGUAUGUAUAUGACAAAAAAUUGCAUACAUAAAAAGACGUUAUUUAAUCAUUUUAAAGUAUUUAAAAAUGAAAAACGCGAAAAUCAUUAUGUUCUUUAUAUUUAAAUUGAUGUUAAUAUUUUUAUUAAAUGAAACGUACGCGUACAUCACGCAAGACAUCGAAAAAAUAUUGCUGCCGGCAUGGAAUCCGACAAGCCAACAGGAAAUACCAUUAACUCUGAAAGUUUUUGGAAAACAGAUUCAGUUAAAUCUACGAAGAAACGACCGAAAUGUAUCGUCCACGUUUAAAGUAUGGAAACAUGAAGCAAAAGACAUCACAGAAAAGCUACCGCAAUUAAAUGCAUCGGAUCCUUGCUAUUAUCUUCAUAAAGAUCAUAUCAGCACUGCAAAUUAUAAACUUCUGUCAGGAACAUGGAUGGGAAGGAUUAAUUUUUUUGAAAGACGGCACAUUAAAAAUUAGUCCGUUGCAAAAUGACCAUGCGUUUUCGUCCUUAACCGACGAUCUUUGCGUUAAAGAAAAAAUUAAUAUUUCAUUUGGCAAAUCUCACCUAAUUAAAAGAUCUUUGCAAUUAUCUGCUGAUGCAAGUUUUCAUAAAUCAGAUAAUUUUAAACUGAAGCGACGUCAUGUACGAAAUACGCUAAAAAAAUUAACUAUAGAAUUAGCUGUUUUCUUCGACGCAGCCGCAUAUCGUACCUUCAUGCCUGUUCUGGACAAUGAUGAGAAAAUGUUGAACAUGUUAAUAUUAGCGUAUGUGAAUAAUAUCCAAGCUAUAUAUCAUCAUCCGAGUUUGGGUGUUUCUAUCGACAUUUCAUUGGUACAUUUGGAUAUUAUGAGAGAACAACCGUCAGAUUUGCCAGUUUUUGGCGGCGACGAUGAGAAACUGCGCGUUUCGUUCUGCAAGUACGCGAAAACUCGCAAUCCUCCAGACGAUAAAAAUCUGCGUCACUGGGAUAUUGGUCUUUACCUAACCGGAAUAAAUAUUUAUUGGGCAGAGCAAAACAAAUAUGGCAGCCUAGGAAUAUCCGGCAUCAAUAGCAGUUGCAGCUUAAAUGAAUCGUGCUUAAUAGUAGAAUUCGGUAUUGAAAAUGAGAUAUCUUCAGGUUUUUCAUCGUCUCGCACUGCUGCUCAUGAAAUCGGCCAUGUUUUAGGAAUGGAACACGAUUCCGAUUAUAGAAAACCAUGUGAUAGAAACAAAUACAUAAUGUCGUCUAUACGGCGAACGGAAGGCCAGAUAUUAUGGUCCAAGUGUAGUCGCCAUAUAGUUGAAAAACUCUGGAAUAAAAACCGUGCCUUCGAGAUUAUGCGAAAAUUCCCAUUGACUCAUAUGACCAUUCGCGUUAUCAUAAUUUACCCGGAAGACAAUGGACUGCCAAAGCACAAUGCGAAAUAUUUCUUCACGACAAGGAUGCAAACGUAGUCACGUUGCUUAAUGUAUGCAAAUGCUUACAAUGCAAAACGCCUCACAAAGAUAUAUUUUACUUCACGGGACCGGCGUUAGAAGGAACUCAAUGCGCACCCGAGAAGGAAUGUCGCGGCGGAGAAUGCGUGCCCAUUAUCGUACCGCCAUACAUUCUUGAGUAUUGUGAAGAUGAUAACUGGAUAGAAUAGAUAAAAAACACCUGUUGAAAUAAUUGCUUGGAGGAAUCUAAAGACGUAAAAGUCAAACGACGUUCUUGCAGACAUGGAAGUCACAAAACUGCAAAUUGCAAAGAAUCAUAUUACGAUGUGGUUCUGUGCGAUAACUCGAUGCUAUGCUCUGAAAAUCGCACGACAAUCUCUAAUUUUGCUACUGUGAAAUGCAUUAAACUUAAGAAUCUUGCAAAAUAUACAAAAUUCAGGAUCGAAUUAAGAGAAAAGCCAGGAUUGCAGGUCGCUCAUUAUGUUGAGGAACAAUGGCAGGCCUGUAGUAUUUACUCCCCACAAAAUGAUUCUACUGUCAAAGCAUUACGCUCAAAUAUGCUUAAAUUUUAAUUUCGAUCUGUACUUUCCAGAUGGAAAGUGGUGUCAUAAUAAAAAUGGUCAGAAUUAGUACUGCCGACAACAUUAUUGUGUGCCGGAAAGCUCUUAAAAAUAGUUGCUAAGAGAUUACCGACAUGUGUGAAAGAAAAUCUAGAAAAAAGGGUAUUACAAAAUACCCAUAAAUCAGUUUAAAAAUGUUGGUCAAUUUGUUUGGUACCGAAUACUCGAUCGAAUCAAUAUGUCCUUGUUAACAUCAGUAUCAUUCAUACCUUGCUUAAUAAAAACGAAUGGUCGAAGAAUUAUCUGCAUCUAAUGCAAAUUCCGUUUAUUAGCAUUAGUAAAAAUAAUAGGUGAUAAUUAAAAUGUUUACAAAACGGGAAAAUAAAUUGUUAAACAAAGUAGAGGUGCUUUUACUUUAUAUGAGACAAUGUGUCCAGACAAAGUGAACGAGAACGGUAAAAUACCCCUCGCUAUAAUAUAUAUAUUUUAAUAGUCUUUCAAUAUUUCAUGAGUACUUAUAUAGAAACAAUUAAUAACAAAAAAAAUAAAGAUAAUUUUAUUACUUAAUAAAGAAUACGGCACGUCGUCAGAAACGAAUAAAUUUCAAUACAUUUUCUUUGUAAAUUAGAACAUAAAUAAUUUAUUGUAUUUCCAUUUUAUAUUAUAUUUGAUAUUCAUACAGCUAAACUGCGUCAGCAAUGUUAUGUUCUAGUAAUUCUAAAAUUGUUAUAAAUAAUAACUUUUUUUACGUUCAAUAAUAAUGUUCAAAAUGUUUGUGAAUAAUGUUACAUAUCUUUCAUAUUGAUAACAAUUCGCAUUUUCCUUAAUUCUACCGUUAUCGCAAAUAUUCUAUGUGAAAUAUACAAUACAGAACCGAAAAAAACGCAUAUACAGGGUGUGGCAAUAAAGUGUAAAUACAUUUUAUUACCAUAUGUUUUUACAAGUUAAAUGGAUAGACAUUAAAUUGUUAAAUGUGUAUAUCAAAUGUGUAUUUCAUUCAGACUCGACGUAUAUGUAGUAUAUGUAAUAUAUACACAAAGUGUCACCGACACGAACGAUAUUCCUAAACCUAGUUGCCAGUAUGUGUUCAAUACGCGAUCAGACGAUACGACAAACGCGAGACUAUUAUAACGUAUGUAUAUGACAAAAAAUUUCAUACAUAAAAAGAACGUUAUUUAAUCAUUUUAAAGUAUUUAAAAAUGAAAAACGCGAAAAUUAAUAUGUUCUUUAUAUUUAAAUUGAUGUUAAUAUUUUUAUUAAAUGAAACGUACGCGUACAUCACGCAAGACAUCGAAAAAAUAUUGCUGCCGGCAUGGAAUCCGACAACCCAACAGGAAAUACCAUUGACUCUGAAAGUUUUUGGAAAACAGAUUCCGUUAAACCUACGAAGAAACGACCGAAAUGUAUCGUCGACGUUUAAAGUAUGGAAACAUGAAGCAAAACACAUCACAGAAAAUCUACCGCAAUUAAAUGCAUCGGAACCUUGCUAUUAUCUUCAUGAAGAUCAUAUCAGCACUGCAAUUAUAAAUUUCUGUCAAGAACAUGGAUGGGAAGGAUUAAUUUUUCUGAAAGACGGCACAUUGGAAAUCAGACCUUUGCAAAAUGACCAUGCGUCCUUAACCGACGAUCUUUGCGUUAAAGAAGAAAUUAACAUUUCAUUUGGCAAAUCUCACCUAAUUAAAAAAUCUUCGCAAUUAUUUGACGCAAGUUUUCAUAAUUCAGAUAAUUUUAAACUAAAACGACGUCAUGUACGAAAUACCCCAAAAAAAUUAACUAUAGAAUUAGCUGUUUUCUUAGACGAAGCCGCAUAUCGUAUCUUCAUGCCUAUUCUGGAUAAUGAUGAGAAAAUGUUGAACAUGUUGGUAUUAGCGUAUGUGAAUAACGUCCAAGCUAUGUACCAUCAUCCGAGUUUGGGUGUUUCUAUCGACAUUUCAUUGGUACAUUUGAAUAUUAUGAGAGAACAACCGUCAGAUUUGCCAGUUUUUGGCGGCGACGAUUCCAAACUGCGCAAAUCGUUCUGCAAGUACGCGAAUAUUCGCAAUCCUCCGGACGACAAUGAUCCUAGUCACUGGGACGUUGGUCUUUACCUAACCGGAAUAAAUAUUUAUUGGGGUGAGAAAAGCAAAUCGGGCAGCCUAGGAUUAUCCCGCCACAAUAGCAGUUGCAGCUUAAAUGAAUCGUGCUCAAUAGUAGAAUUCGGUAAUGAAAAUAGUACGAGUGUAUCUUCAGGUUUUGCAUCGUCUCGCACUACUGCUCAUGAAAUCGGUCAUGUUUUAGGAAUGAAACACGAUUCCGAUUAUAGAAAACCAUGUGAUAGAAACAAAUACAUAAUGUCGUCUAUACGGCGAAGGGAAGGCCAGAUAUUAUGGUCCGAGUGUAGUCGCCAUAUAGUUGAAGAACUCUGGAAUAUAAAACCGUGCCUUCGAGAUCAUGCGAAAAUUCCCAUUGACUCAUAUGAUCAUUCGCGUUAUCAUAAUUUACCCGGAAGACAAUGGACUGCCAAAGCACAAUGCGAAAUAUUUCUUCACGAUAAGGAUGCGAACGUAGUCACGUUGCUUAAUAUAUGCAAAUGCUUACAAUGCAAAACGCCUCACAAAGAUAUAUUUUACUUCACGGGACCGGCGUUGGAAGGAACUCAAUGCGCACCCGGGAAGGAAUGUCGCGGCGGAGAAUGCGUGCCCAUUAUCGCACCGCCAUACAUUCUUGAGUAUUGUGAAGAUGAUAACUGGAUAGAAUAGAAAGAAGACACCUGUCGAAAUAAUUGCUUGGAGAAAUCUAAAGGCACGGAAAGUGGUGUCAUAAUAAAGAUGGUCAGGAUUAUUACUGCCGACAACAUUAUUGUGUGCCGGAAAGCUGUUAAGAAUAAUUGCUGAGAGAUUACCGACAUGUGUGAAAGAAGAUCUAGGAAAAAGAGAAUUACAAAAUACGCAUAAAUCAGUUUAGAAAUGUUGGUCAAUUUGUUUGAUACCGAAUAAUCGAUCGAUCAAUAUGUCAUUAUUAACGUCUGUUUUUUGUAUCAUCGAUAUCUUGCUCGAUAGAAAUACAAGUAGACGAAGAAUUACGUCGAAUUAUUAGCACGUAAAACAAAUUCCGUCGAUUAGCAAUAAUAAAAGCUUAAAAAAAAACAAAAAAAAAUAAUAAAUAAUAUAAUAAUUAACAUAUUUGCAAAGCGGAAGAAAGUAGCUAAAUAAAGUAGAUGUACUUUUAUUUCCUAGGAAAAUGUAUCGUGAAAAAGUGAACAAGAACGAUAACGUCACUCAGUUUAUGUUAAGUAUGUAUUUUAAUAGUCUACCAAUGUUUUAGUAAUUCUUAUAU